UUAAGCCUGAACAAUCAUAUACGUAAUAAACACCUAUCUAAGUACAAAAAAGCCGUGUUUACUUAUAAAUCCCUGAUACCCCAUAAACCUAAUAUCAACAGUCCUUGGUUACCUCUCACGUAUUACUAUAUCGUUUCUAAGGUUGAAAUCGUUAUCGUGAAGGCAACAAUAUUUAAAUGAUUUUCACUUCUUUAUCACUUAAUGAUACGCAUCAAUAAGUGUUUUAAUUAAAAUUAGAUAUUAAGUAUUUACUCUGACCAAUUCGUAUUGAAUAUACAAGUUAAGAUAUAUCAUAUUUAAAUCUAAUGUUUACAUACCAUUAUUUAACAAAAUUACAAACAAGGUUGUUAUCUGCGAAUACACCAUAUAAGAUUUAUAUUAAUUAGUAAUUUUUGAGUGUCAUGGACCAAUGGAUAGAUACAACAGAUAUCGUUCCAUAUAAUGACCAAGUUGGAGGUCAUAAAUUCACUGAGGAAAAACCAUUAUUAGGUUUAUUGAAACACAAAGAAGGUUACAUUCUCAAAUCUGUUGAAGGUGGCUCUAAAGGCAAAAAUGAAGUCAAGUUUUAUGAGGAGUUACAAAAAAAUGAACAUUUAGCAGAACUUAAAAAACUGGUUCCAUCAUAUUAUGGUACAGUCAUACUAAAAGUUAAAUCAAAUGAUAUGAAUUUCAUUAUUUUGGAAGAUAUUACUAGAAAUAUGAAAAAACCUUGUGUCAUGGAUGUUAAAAUUGGUGUGCAAACUUGGGAACCAGGAUGUUCAGAAAAAAAAAAAAGAGAUGAAAAUACCAAGUAUAGGAAAUGUAAAGAGAAAUGGAGUUUCUGCAUUCCAGGAUUUCAAGUUUAUGAUUUAGCAGAUUCAAAUUCAGAACAGCCUCAUAAAUUUGAUAAAGAGUUUGGAAAAAAAUUAAACCCAGAAGAAGUUGUUUCUGUUUUCAAGACAUUUUUAAAUUUCAAUAGUAAAUGUUCAAAUCUUUCAAAAUUAGUUCAUGGUUUUGCUCAUGAAUUAGAUCGAAUUCGGAAAUAUUUUGAAAAUCAAAGGCAUAACCACUUCUAUUCUAGUUCAGUACUAUUGGCAUAUGAUGCUGACUCAAUAAAAAAUGAUGAGAAUUAUAAUCCCGAAUUAAAAGUUUCACUUAUUGAUUUUGCGCAUGUUAUUCCAGCUAAUCAAACUGAUGUUAAUUAUUUGGAUGGUAUUUCAAAUUUAUGGCAACUUUUUCAAACACAAUUAUUAUAAAUCUAAUGUUAUAAUCUCAAAUAGUUUGGUGGUUAUGAAGCUUAUAUAUAGUAUAUCAAUGUUACAUUUGGUUUUAUUAUGUUUUUUUAAUUGUGAAAUUAUGUUAUAAGUUUUUUAUUUUUGUUAUUUAUUUAAAUUAUAGAAAUUUAAUAAAUUAAAGGAAAAUAUGAGCUAAU